AUGCGUCACAAGCUGGAUGACAUCGUCUCCUUUAAUCCGCCAACGCCUUAUGUAUCGAGAAAUGUAUCGAAGGACGCAGGUGGGGGACAGCCUGAGUCAGACGCAGAGAGGCCUUUCCUAAUAUGGAGAGGUCUCCCACUUUCUCGUAAGAACAGUCGAUUACGUCACACUAGUGCUGUCUCCUUCGGAGGACAACGGCUAAUCCAGACUUUGACAAUUAAUAUAAACAAUUGUGUCUAUCAUUAA